ACUCAAGGUACUGGAUUUAUAUUUCUGGAGUUUAAGUUUCGCCACAACUGCUGAAACAAGUGCAUCUUAAGAUAUAAUGGACUGCCCAGAUCUAGUGAAGUUCCUCCUGACGGUGUGCUUUUUGCUGUGUGUGGCUUGUGCCGCACCCCCGACGAUAUCAGCCAACAACAGCACACCUCGCGAGGGUGACAUGCUCAACCUGACCUGUGUAACGCAAGACCAGAACGUCACCAGCUACGCCUGGUUCUUGAAUGGCGCCAUCUUGAUCACGUCAUCAUCACCAAGCUACGUCAUAGCUUACGCCAGAAUGGCAUGGAGAGAUGACGGCAACUACAGCUGUAGGACUGUCCAUUCUGAUCUCACGUACGAGGAGAGUCCUGCUCUUUCUAUUACAGUGCUUAGACCUGAGACGCCAAUAUCCUUUAAGUACUUUAUACUGGGGCGCAAUGCAACGUUGACGUGUACCCCCAACGGCAACUUUACCUUCUACUUCUUCCACGGGCCGGUGCUGAUACAAAACUCCACCAGCAAUGUCUACAGAUUCCCCGUGGUCACGUUCAAUGACGCUGGGUUCUACAGGUGCGGUAUUGAUGAUCUGUCUGCUCCCUCGCCACCUUUUGAGGUCAAGGUUUGGGAAGCCCCCGCCACACCUGUCAUACAAUCCAGCCCAGUGUACCCUAGCGAGGGGGACGAUACAGUGCUCACCUGCGUAGCCUCGGUCAGCAGUACCAACUACACCUGGACUCUACACGGCCGUGAACUAGCCAAUCAGACAGAGAGGACGUUGUACAUACAAGACGCCAAGCCAGGGGUGAAUGACGGCAACUUUACAUGUGUUGUUUAUGAUAACGUCACACGGUCGGAUCCCAGUGUGAACUACACACUCAAAUUGUUGCCACGUAGACCCAGUCUCCAACCUACAGGCUCCUACACGUUAAAACCAGGAUCUGACCUGACCUUGACUUGUGUGACCAAUAGCACAGGAGUCAUCGAUUACGUUCUGUUACGCAACAACGUGGAACUUCGGACAUCAAAUUCCUCCGUGUUCGUCUUCAGUGGACUGGCAACAGCUGACUCUGGAGUCUACUAUUGCGCUGCUAGAAACUACGCUGGGCAGAUAACCUCGGCAGGGUUCUAUAACCUAACAUUCGAGCAGAGCUGCCCGCCUCUACAAGAACAAGGUGUCGUGUUACCGUCGGCUACCAUCGGCCAUGUAGUAGAAACCUCUUGCCCAACUGACUAUACAGGUACUGUUGUGGCCAGGUGUUGUACAGGAAGUAUUUGGUGCCAGAUAAACAAAAGUAACUGUACACAGAAUGGCUUGGUGGAUGUUUGCAAUUAUUUAACAAACAUAAGCAAGAUUAACGAUACUGCAAUGAAAGAAACAAUCAACAGUCUAUCAACCUUGGUAAAAGCAACCUUAGAACCGGCUCCAACAGUAUCUGGCGACCUUAUAGCCAUCACAGAUAUUCUCGGCAAGAUAGGCGACUCGUUGGACACAGACAAUCAUCAACUCGACUCACAAUCCCUAGAGAGUUUGGUGUAUGUGGCUGACUACGUGCUGUCUCAGGACGGAAAGGUGUGGGAUGAAAUCGAUCACAACAGUUCGAACACCGAUCAAAUCAGCGAUGAAGAAGCCAGUGCCAGCGGUAUCCAAGGCAAAAAGUUGCUCAAGGCGAUCGACGCCAUCUCUACACCCAGAUCAAACAACAUCUCCUUGUUUACCGUCAAGAACAGUAUGGCUGUCCAGUGUGAUUCUACGGCAGAAGACAUUUAUUUCCCGCCUAAAAUCAUCAACCUCUCAAAACCUACAGACGACUGGUUAACUAACACGACGUCCCAGCUCUUCUUACCUAAGGAGUCAUACAUGGCGUCACAAGGAAGUAUAAAUUUCUGUACAGUCAUGUACAAAGUGGACGAAAGAAAAUUAAAAGUGUUGCCAUGGUUACAACAAAAAUACCCUGAGGGCAGAGAUCUGGCAGACAGCGUCAUCUUCUCCAACAUCAUCACGUGCAACCUCAACAUCAACACGGCCAAUCUGGACCCGCCCCUGCGGCUUGAGUUCAGGAAGGGCAAUGAGAACGAGACCUACUCCGUCCCUACCUGUGGAUUUCUCGAUACAACCGUCGGUGAAGGGGGCGUGUGGGCGUCAACUGGCUGCCAUGUUGUGGAGGACAGCGCCACCACUGUCGUCUGCCAGUGUAGUCACCUGACUAACUUCGCGUUGCUCAUGAGCCCACACAGAGCAUCAAAGGAGCUAGACAACUCCCUGAGCAUCAUCUCCAUCAUUGGAUGUUCCAUCUCCAUGGUGUGUCUGGUGUGUACUGUAGGAGUGUACGCUGUGCUCUGGAAGCAGGUUAAGUCUGAUCGUUCAACCCUCAAUAUUCACCUGUGUGUUUGUCUGUUCCUCGGUUACAUCAUAUUUCUCAGUUGUGUGGACAAGGCCCAAAAUAGAGCUGGCUGUGUAGUUAUUGCUGCUGUCCUGCACUACAUUUUCCUCGUCAUCUUCUUCCUGAUGCUGGCAGAGAGCGUGGAGCUCUUCAAGUCCGUCACUAUGGUUUUUAAAUCUAAUUCAAUUCUGAUCCAGUUACUUGUUUUAGCAUAUGUGGCACCAGCAGUGAUUGUAGCUCUGUCCCUGUGCAUCACAACAGCAGAAGGAUACGGGUUUGAAGAUUUCUGUUGGUUAUCAACAGAAAACGGUGUGAUAUGGGCGUUCAUCGUCCCAGUCUUGCUGAUUAUUUUGAUCAAUUUUGCGACCAUAGUUCAAGUGUUGCGGGUCAUGCAAGGAACCAAACACAUGAUGUCACAGACUGCUAAAGAAAAAGCAAAGAUCACCAUUCGGACAAUCGGCCUGUUGUCUCCUGUACUAGGCGUGACGUGGGUCCUGGGUGUGUUGUCUGUCAACGAAGAUUCGGUGGUGUUUCAAUACCUUUUUGCCAUCCUCAACUCAUUACAGGGAGUGUUCAUUUUUAUUUUCUACUGCAUCGUGCCACAGCAAGUGAAGAAAUCACUCCUUGCUUUGAUACAGAAAACUUAUCUGCGACUCACCAGCGCUAUCCAAUCCAGAAUAAACAUCAAGAAGAAGCCGGAUGUCAGACACAAACUUUCAUCCACACAGACACCCUCUGUUUCAGAUACAAACCUGACAAGUUCUGGCCAAUCAAGAAGUGCCAAUGUUUACGAUGUUUACGCGAUAAAUCCCGCAUUUGGGGACGAGAGGCGGGAAAAACACAGCGAGAUUACAUCUGAGACAACAUCGUCUGAUUUUAGUGUCACUGACACCACGACUGUCAACUGAUUGUGUCACAUGUCACAGCUUGCACUUUGGUGUGCCAGAACUAUCAAAUACAUGUCAUUUGAAUGUUGGUUUAAUAUAUGUAUGUCAUAACUAUCACUAGAUUAUUUGAAUGUAGAUAUUUCAUGUAUGUUACUUGUAUGAUAUUUCAUUUGUUUUUAUAAUACUUAAUUUUUUUUAACAUCACUCUGGCAGUUCUGUGUUCGGUUAUUGCUCUUGCUUACAUUAUGUAUUUGCACCGUGAUUUCACGAGAGGGGGCUAACAUCAUGUAUUUGCACCAAGAUUUUUCUUGGGGGGGGGGGUACAUUAUGUAUUUGCACCAUGAUUUCAUGGGGCUUAAAUAAUUAUGCACUAUGAUUCACCUAGUUGCCUACAGUUUGAUCCCGGUAACCACUACAUUACUGCUAAUAUCUGCUGCUCCGGUAAAGAUUAUGUACCACUUACCUCAACUGCCUGCAUUAGCGUAAGGUUAAGUGGUCAGUUGAUCAAACGGUCAGUGUUAUUGUAGUUUCCACAGCCUGGGAGUCCGAAAAUGUUCGAGCCUGCCUAUACUUUGCUACAGCUGCUUGUUCUUUGUGAAACAGUGACAUUCAAAAAUAGUCUUCUUCGCUUCUAUUUAAAUUAUAACACACAAAACUUGUUUCAGCACACAAAGCUUUGAUUUUCUUUUUAAAUCUCGUCCUCUGCUGAAAGCAAACAGUUAAAACAGCAAUAAUAAUAGCUGUUUUCUUGAGCUCAGUAAAACUAUUUUAUUUUAUUUUAAACUAGUAUAAAUAAGAAGUUCCAUUGUUUUGCUUAUUUCCCUUGACAAAUAAACAUAA